AAACCCCGCCUAUAAAUCCCAACGGAUCUCCAGCCAUAAUCACACAUACCCACACGCACAAACCGGGCCGAUGGCGACAAAUACAAUGAGAGCCGCCGCGCUGCUUGGCGUCGUGCUGCUGCUGCUGUGCGCGGCUCGGCACGGUGCAGCGCAGCGGUACGAGGCGAUCUACAGCUUCGGCGACUCCAUCUCCGACACCGGCAACCUCUGCGUCGGCGGCUGCCCUUCCUGGCUCACCACGGGCCAGUCCCCCUACGGCGAGACCUUCUUCAAGCGCCCCACCGGCCGCUGCUCCGACGGCCGCGUCAUCAUCGACUUCCUCGCCGAGCACUUUGGGCUGCCGCUGCUGCCGGCGUCCAAGGCCACCGGGGGAAACUUCAAGAAGGGCGCCAACAUGGCCAUCAUCGGCGCCACCACCAUGGACUUCGACUUCUUCAAGUCCAUCGGCCUCAGCGACAGCAUCUGGAACAACGGGCCCCUCGACACCCAGAUCCAGUGGUUCCGCCAGCUCCUCCCUUCCGCCUGCGGCAGAGACUGCAGGCGCCACCUCUCCAAGUCCCUCUUCGUCGUCGGCGAAUUCGGCGGCAACGACUACAACGCGGCGCUCUUCUCCGGCCGCUCCAUGGCCGACGUCACGGGCUACGUGCCCCGGGUCGUCAGCCACAUCAUCCGCGGCCUCGAGACGAUGAUAAGAUUGGGCGCGAUGGACAUCGUGGUGCCGGGGGUGCUGCCCAUCGGCUGCUUCCCGAUUUACCUGACACUCUACGGGACGUCCAACGCCGGCGACUACGACGGCGACGGCUGCCUCAAGAGCUACAACAGUCUCUCCUAUCACCAUAAUUCGCUGCUCAAGCGGAGCAUAGCCAAACUCCAGAGGACCUACCCACGUACCAGGAUCAUGUACGCCGACUUCUACACCCAGGUCAUCCAGAUGAUCCGGGCCCCUCAGAACUUUGGAUUGAAGUACGGGCUGAAGGUGUGCUGCGGAGCCAGCGGGCAGGGCAAGUACAACUACAACAACAAGGCGAGGUGUGGCAUGGCCGGGGCCAGCGCCUGCUCCGACCCCCAGAACUACCUCAUCUGGGACGGCAUCCACCUCACAGAGGCCGCCUACCGUUCGAUCGCCAACGGGUGGCUCAAGGGACCCUACUGCAGCCCACGCAUCCUGCACUGAUGAUGUUGAUACUAGCAAUAUUUUACUACUUGCAGAGAUGGGAUCGGUGUGCACUACGUGUGAAUUAAUUAAUUGAUGUAACAGCUAAUAUAUGUAUGAUGGGGUUUUAUCUAGUUGUUGGUUAUUCAUUCCUGGGGGUUAAUUAGUUAGGUUGCUUCUCCAGAACGAAUAAAGUUUCGGUGUGUUAUCUAUCUGGGAUUAACUUGAAAGUGAAAGGGAAGGUUUCCAUUUCCGCUACUAUGC